AUGGGUAAUACAGAUUCUAAAAUUACUAAUGUCUACCGGGACUAUCUGUUCCAACUCUCUCAAAAUGAUGAUACAUCUAACAACGAAUUUUAUACUGAUUUUUUAAAUGUUACUGCAAAUUUACAAUUACAUACAUUUAACACUGUUAUUACAAAUAGUGUUCUAAGGAAGAUAAUUUGUUUAAACCCUCAAAAUUAUGUUAAUUUAUUGGAUUUUACAAUAUCUAAUUUCAUCGAUUUGUUUACGAAUUUUCAACAAACUCAAUCUACUAAGAGACAGGUGAAUUUUUUCUUUAAACAAGUUAUAACAUCAAUAAGGAUAAUUACUAAAUUGACUCCAAUCCUUUAUGAACAUAUUCAAGAAGGGCAUACUAUAUUAUAUUCUAAUAAUGAAAAAUUGGAUUUACAGAAUUUUUUCAUAAGAACUAAUCUAAUUGAAUAUUUCUUACAAUUAUGUUUCAUGGAAUCAUUCACAAUACAAACACGUACAGCCGAUCCAGGGACAAUUAAUUUAAUUCAAUGGCAAACUGGUAUAUCUCCAAAUGUAGUACCUAAAGGCCUUAAUGAUUCAAUACCAACAACUUUACAACUUCCUUAUUUAGAUAGUAACAGAUUAGAACUUAUAAAUUUAUUCCUUACUUUAUCGUCGUUGAAUCUUUAUUCAAACGAUAAACAUGAUACACCAUUCUUUGUUCAAGAGAUGAUCUCAACGCGACAAAAUAGAGAUAUGUUACUAUUAUUAAUGAUAUCAAUCUUAAACUUAUAUGCACACUAUUGUAAGACUAUAAAUGAAUUGAAAGUUAGCACAUUAUAUGAAAAUCCACAAAAGACUCACAUUUCAAUGACAACAGGAAGCACCGAAAAUGUGAUGACAUCAGGUGCAAAGGACUCGAAUGAACCUAAUAAACAAAUAGUUUCAUCACAACAACUAAUUAUUAAUCUAAAGAAAAAUCUUAUAUUAUCAUCAUUGCAAUGGUUCAAUCUUACAUGUUCUCAUUUAUCUGAUAAAUCGACGUUCUUAAACGAUUUCCUGAAAAAUGAAUUCCAAUUAAAAUUACUACUCUCUACAGUUGUGAAAAUAUUUAAAAACCCAAUUGAUUUGGCAAUAGAUCAAGAAUCAAAUCCAUUAAGCUUCAAUUCAGAUGAUUCCUCUUCAAAUGGUAAGAACAAUGGUUCUAAUUCAAACUCUAUGGGACAAUCUAAACCUUCGAAUAAAAACUACAAUCAACUGAAAUUGAAAGAUUUUACAAUACAGUUACCAAAAUUAGAUAUGAUUUUUCUUCAAAAUUUGAUUUUAUUAAUAAAUUUGAUUAAAUUCAACAAAACUUUUGAAAAUUAUUUUGCUGAUAAAUUUUCUAACAAAUUUUUAAUUUUUGUUAUUUAUUAUAUCAAAUAUUACUAUAAUGUCCCUCAAUAUCAAUCAAAUGUUAUACCGUUAUGUUAUGAUAUGGCUGUAUUCCUUACAGAUAAACCAUUGAUAUUACAUAAACUUUUACAGACUUUUAAGACGAAUUAUUACACCAACAAACUACCUAAUUUCUUCAAGAUAUCAAACAUUUCACAUAUAGAAUCUUUGACAUAUAGAGAUUUUAUGAUCAUCCAGUUAUCCAACCUUUCUUCCAAUGAUAUUAAGAGUAAUUUGAUCUUAAAGUCCGGCUAUUUUGAAAUUAUCUACAAUAUUUUGCCCAUUAAUGCCAAAACGAUAAGCAAAAUGUCAAUAUCAUCAAGUGACUCUAAUUUGGUUCAAUUAUCUUCUGUGAAAAAUUCUAAUUCUAAUUUAACUGAUAAAUUAAGUUAUAAUGCAACUUUAGCUUUGUUAAAUCUGUUAUCAAAACUGUCUAAUAGAAAUUUUUUGUCAUCAUUUGCAAGUUCUGAUUCUGCAAAGCAAUCUGCUUUAACAUCUCCAGCUAUAAAAUUGGAUAUUUUAGCAUUAUUCUUAAGAUCAAUGUUAAUAUAUAUUACGACAUGUUAUCAGGAAUCUAAAAAUUUAAUAUUUUUAUUGACUAGGCAUUAUACCGUACUUUUACAAAUAAAAGAAUCCAUUAAUUUUAUUUCAACCAAUAGAAAUAUAAAUAAUAUGUUAUUUUUGGAAGAUUUACCAACGAACUCUUUAUCCUUAAUGGAUCAAAAUUUUGGAACAUCUAAUAAAUCGAAUUCUGAUUAUAAUUAUGGUGAAAAUGAAAAUGAAGAGAAUGACAAAGGCAGUUCAGAUUCCAAUUUGGAAAUAAAAGAUGAAAAAUUAAACAUUCAGAAUACUUUAGAGGGGGAAAAUUAUUUAAUUUUUAAUAAACAAAUAAAGGAAUAUUCUGAUGAUGAUAAUGAUGUUGUUGUUGACAAUGAUCCCGAUGUGGAUAUUUAUGAUGUACCUGAUAAUGUUGGGAAUGAUUAUAACAUGGGAACAGGAAAUAAUGGUAGUAUCCACAAAAGAAGUAACAAUUCAAGACCAUCAUUUAAUCACGUAAAUAUCCACAGUGCAAAAUUUAUGUCCACGAACCUUAAAGGAAAUGAUAAUUCUUCCUCUGCACCGAAUACGAAUAAGGAGUAUGAAAUCUAUGAACAUCCAGAUUAUAAUAAACAAUUGAUAAUGAAUAAUAUAGACUUAUAUCUGAAAUUAAAACCGAAAUGGCCAAUUGGCCUAACCGAAAAUUCUAAAUUAAAGUCACCACGAAGGUCUGAUUUUAGUCAAUUAUGGAUCGGUGCAUCUACCCUUCAGAAGCUGAUAGAUAUAACUAAAAUAUUUUUGAGACAAUUUCCAGAUAUUGUCAAAAUGUCUAAAAAUUCGGAUUUUGUAGAUAUAAUCAAGAAUAUCGAACAUUUUGAAUCAGACUUCGAUAAAAAGAUCAAAAAGAAUUUAAGGAAAGAAUUUUGUUUAAAUGAACCACUAGAAUUUAAAUUUUCUAAAAAAAGAAACCUGGUAUUUAAUGACUGGCUUGAUGAAAUAUUUUGGUCAGAUGUGUUUCAAGCACAUUCAGCGCCAUAUAUUGAUUCGCUAUCGUCUAUGGCUGAUGAAUCUGGUAAUAGUGGCACUGGAAAUGUUCAGAAUAAGAGAAACGAUUCGAUCUCAUCGGGAUCAAAUAUUCCCCUUUUGGAAAGAUGGUCUUCUCAUGGCUCUCAGAUCUCUAGAACUCAGAGCAAUGGUAGUUCUAUGGUCAAUUAUUUUGCUCCCGAUAACCUUUCGAGUAUGCAUACAUUAAAUGAACAAUCUGAAACAAGUUCACCUGAUACUGUAACAGGAGUAACUAACGCAGAGUUAUCUGCGUCCUCAUCUGUUACAUCUUCUAUUAGCAUUCCGAAUACUACGAAUGCACAACCAACCCAUAAUCUGUCAAGAAAGAGCAGUAAUGCCUCAUCAUUUUUAUCUAGAUUUUCGUGGACUGGUUUUAAUAAGAACGAAAAUCAAGACAAUGUGAUACGCGAAGAGACUAUAUCAGUCUUAGAUGGUGACAUAGGGCCAUUCGUUGUAGAUGAAGGUCUUUUCAAGACAAAUAUAUGGGUAGGAACGAACAUUAAAUUAUUCCCCAUAACUACUAUUAAGAAGGAAGAGUUUUCAUUUUUGGAUAUGACUUCAUCAUUAUUAAAGAAAUUUAGAUUUAAUAGUACUGAUAAUUCUGAGAGCAACGUAUCUAAUACUUCUCGGAAUACAAAUGAGAGUAGACAAUAUUCCCCUGUGUUAAGCGCAAAUCCGUUUAUGGCGUUUGCCUCUCCUAAGAGAUUCUAG